UCCCUGACAGCUGUCAUUUAAAAACCCUAAUGGAUCGCACCUGAUGCUGAUGAGAUUCACCUGGUCUCAUUUUACCGGAAGCAGCUGCAUAAAGACGGAGACCAGCAUCGCUCCUCAGCCUUCAAACGCGCUGCUUUUAGUGUCUUGGUUUCCUUUUCAUAUUCAAUUCUCAGUUAUGCCUCCUAAAAAGACCGCAGCAGACUCCGCUAAUCCGCCUGUGUCGUCCGCCAGCGACACCCCGGUGGGAGAGAAGAAACCAGAUGCUGCGGUGCUGCGCAAACUUGCGACUCAUCCCUCCACAGCAGUAAUGAUGAAAGAAGCACUUAAAGAGUUGGACUCACGCAAAGGGGUCUCCUCCCAAGCGAUUCAGGCUUAUAUCAAACAAAAAUACCCCUCUGUGGAUUUGGUAAGGCUUAAGCACUUGGUCUGUAAGGCCCUGAAGAAAGGAAUCGAGACUGGCACGCUGGUGCGGCCUGCCAACUCCACUGUCACUACCGGCGCAACGGGGAAAUUUAGGCUUGCACCAAAGGUGAAGGAGGCAAAGCCUAAAACUGAGAACGUGGAUCCCAAUGUGCUAAAAGAAGCGAAGGAUGGAGCCAAGAAGCCCAAGAAAGCGGGUACCGCUAAGAAGAAAGACAAGAUCGAUGAAGAGAACGAGUCAAAGGAGGAAUCCAAGCCUCCCAAAAAAUCUAAGAAAGAAAAGGAAGCUGCUACCGCAGACCCAACUACCUCGAGCGUUGCUCCAGCAAAGAAGCCAAAAGCAAGAAAAGCUGCAGAGAAGGAGGGUGAUGGAGCCUCUGAUCCAGCCAAAACUAAAGCAGCAAAGACGACCAGAAUGGCGUCUCGGAGCAAGGCUGCUAAAGCAGGCAGCGACGCCCCUGCUGCUAAAGCAACUGGGAAACGAGGAAGGAAGAAAGCAGAAUAAAUGUACAAUUGAGUGAUAUUUUAUACUUUUUCAAUAAAAUCUAAAUUUUUA